CGCGAGACACUAACAUGGCGCCGGGCGGCGGGCGGCGGCGCGGCGGCGAGGGGGGCCCCGGCGGGGUCGGAGGGGGCGGUGGGGGGACCCCCUCGUCUCCUCCGUUGCUGCCGCCGCUGUUGCUGUUGCUGGCGCUGCCCGGUGGGGCAGUACCAUCGGGGGACAGCGUAAUCCUGGGGAUGCGGCUGGAAGAGAGCACGAAGCCAGCGGCGGGGGCUCCGGCCCGCGGGCCCAUCCGUGUCACGGAGGGUAGCGAGGUGUUGCUUCGUCUCUACGGGCUGGGAUUGGGUCCUCGUACUGGCGAACGGGUGGCUUUCGCCGAACUACGACCCGCCGCUAACUCUUCGGUUCCCAAUGGCACCUGCCCCGAGCGCUCCCAGGACCUGCUGGUGCAGCCCGGCCCGGCUGAGGCCCGCAACACCUCAGCCCUGCUGCGGGUCCGGGUCCAGCCCCUACGCAAGGACGAGCAGGCCAAAACCUAUGUUCUCUGCACCCAGCGCCGACCCGGUCAACCUUGGUUACCUCAUCAAGGCCCCGACGGACGUAUUGUGGUGUUGGAGGAGAAAAAAUCGUUGUUGCCCCUUUGGUUGCAGGUGAUUCUCAUUGCUGGGCUGCUGGUGCUGUCGGGGAUGUUCAGCGGGCUCAACCUGGGCCUCAUGGCACUGGAUCCCAUGGAGCUGCGCAUUGUGCAGAACUGCGGCACCGAUAAGGAGAAGCGUUACGCUCGUAAGAUUGAACCCAUCCGCCGUAAGGGGAACUAUUUGCUCUGCUCCCUGCUGCUGGGUAACGUGCUGGUUAACACCACCCUCACCAUUCUUCUCGAUGACCUCAUCGGUUCCGGCAUCGGAGCCGUGGUUGCUUCCACCAUCGGCAUCGUCAUCUUUGGGGAGAUUGUGCCCCAGGCGCUCUGCUCCCGCCACGGCCUGGCCGUGGGCGCCAACACCAUCAUGGUCACCAAAUUCUUCAUGCUGGUGACGUUUCCCCUCUCCUACCCUAUCAGCAAGCUCCUCGAUUGCAUCCUGGGCCAGGAAAUCGGCACCGUCUACAACCGGGAGAAGCUGGUGGAGAUGUUGAAGGUGACGGAACCCUACAAUGACCUGGUGAGGGAGGAGCUCAACAUGAUCCAGGGAGCCCUGGAGCUUCGCACCAAAACAGUGGAGGACGUGAUGACCCCGCUGCAGAAUUGCUUCAUGAUCAACAGCGACGCCAUCCUGGACUUCAACACCAUGUCGGAGAUCAUGGAGAGCGGCUACACCCGCAUCCCUGUCUAUGAGGACGAGCGUUCCAACAUCAUGGACAUUCUUUACGUCAAGGACCUGGCUUUCGUUGAUCCGGAUGACUGUACCCCCCUCAAAACCAUCACUAAAUUCUACAACCACCCCGUCCACGUCGUCUUCCAUGACACCAAGCUGGAUGCCAUGCUGGAGGAGUUCAAAAAGGGGAAGUCUCACCUGGCCAUCGUGCAGAAGGUGAAUAACGAGGGCGAGGGAGAUCCCUUCUACGAGGUGCUGGGGCUGGUGACGCUGGAGGACGUCAUCGAGGAGAUCAUCAAAUCGGAGAUCCUGGAUGAGUCAGAUACAUACACCGACAACCGCAGCAAGAAGCGGGUGGGCAACCAGAAGAACAAGCGGGACUUCUCGGCCUUCAAGGACCCUGUCAACGAGCUGAAGGUGAAGGUCUCCCCACAGCUGCUGCUGGCCGCUCACCGCUUCCUCUCCACGGAGGUGACACUCUUCACCCCCAACUUCAUCUCAGAGAAGAUCCUGCUGCGGCUCCUCAAAUACUCUGAUGUCAUCCAGGAGCUGAAGUUUGACGAGGAGAACAAGAAAUCCCCGCGUCACUUCCUCUACUGCAAGAACAAGGCAGCCGACUAUUUCAUCCUCAUCCUGCAGGGCAAGGUGGAGGUGGAGGCCGGCAAGGAAUGCAUGAAGUUUGAAGCGGGAGCUUUCUCCUAUUAUGGGGUGAUGGCCCUCAGCCCCUCUCCUGUAUCCGAGAUCCGCUCCCCGUCCCAUGUCAGCAGCCUGAACCGCUCGGCCUCCCUCAGCUGCCACGAACGCUCCGACUCUGUCUCCUCCCCCAUCAGUGGCAGCAACAACCAGCUCAACGCCAGCACUGGCACCCAGUACGUGGCCGACUUCAGCGUCCGCGCUCUCACCGACCUCCAGUUCGUCAAGAUCACACGGCAGGAAUACCAGAACGGUCUGAUGGCCUCUCGCAUGGACAGUUGUCCCCAGUCCCCCGACAGCAACACCCCUAAACUGGACGCCAGUUUACCAGAGAAACCGGAACCCUCCGCCACCGCCGACGAGACCACCAGUCUCCUGAACGAGAGGAACUGCCUGAGCCGCCGGAGCAACCACAGCCCCCUGGAAAACUCCAUCUGACCCUGGCCCCGCCGGCACGCGUCAGGAAGGACCUCGCGUGCCCAUUCUAGGGACCCUUUCCCCGGUAGGAAACGCUCUGCGUCUCCUCGGUGACGCUGCGCCGGGUACCGCGGUCACUGGAGAAGCCUGGUUGAGCUAGAGGAGGCGACAGUGGCGCGGCGAGAAACGGAGCCGGGAUUUGCUGCUGCUUUCCAGACUGGCUUAUUUUUAAUUAAUUUAAAACGGAUGGCGGUGGAGACAGCACAACUCUCCGCCGGCCGCCCUGCCGAUGGCGCUCGUUCAGCUCAGGGAGCUUCAGGUCUCAUGCACCGCUGCGGGGAGGGGGGGGGGCUCUGCCUUGCCCCCUGGGACAGGCAUCCCGGCCCCUCUCCGGUGUUUCUGGGGUGUGACAGUUGACGGGGACGCUUGGGGUGCAGCAUGACGGCGGCGUGUUGUCCUUCUCCCGGUGAACUGGGGCGAUGCCGUGACCCUUCUCCGUUGCCUGUUCCCCUUUCCCGCUGGCCCGGGCUACCAGGGGAUGUGGCGGUGGAGAGCUCGGUGGCAGGCCUGAGGCCGAGGGGAAGGGCUCAGCGUCUCCGGUGCAAAGCCGGGUACCGCCAUGGCUGAGACCCUCCGCCAUCCCAGGAGACUCCCCCCUCCCUGGUCCCUCCUCCUGUGCUGAGGACAGCGGCGACGGGCCCCCCUGGCGGUUUCGGUGCCUUCCCUGUUGCCGUGGGGUGUCUCAGGGUACCUGUGCCGGGGGGACCGGGAUCGGUGAGAUGGGGGUGUGGCGGUGCAGGAUCCGGUUUUCAGGGCGGCACAAAGCUAGUGACCAAAGUUGUACAGGCAGGAAGGGGCCAGCACCGUGUGUGUCCCCUGCCUCAGCACCGGGGGACACCCAAAUCUUGGGGGACAGGUGACCUCCUCAGGGCAGGAUGUGGGACCCCCAGUUCCCGGAGCCUCGUGCCCGGUGGGGGUGGAGGGAGAUCAAUCCCCUGCCCCGCCUAAAAAAGCACAAGUUCCCUGGAUGAACUCUGUAAGUUAUUGGGAGAAGGUUAAUUAUUUUUGUUAAUCACAUCUCGACGAUCAGGUCCUAGGUCCUUCCGCGGGGAGAUACUAGAAAUAAUAAUAAUAAUAAUUAAUAAUAAUAAUAAUAAUAAUAAUAAACCAAGACAAAAAAAGCCCCUUUUUUAUUAAAUCUUCUUCUAUGCAACACCCACCCCCCCACCCCCCCGGGAAUUUGUAUUUAUUUUUUGCAUCAGAUUUGAUUUGUAUAUUUGGGGGAGGCCG